CUGUAAAGUGUGCAUUGUUGUUCAGUCCACAGAACAGAACACCUCUGUACACUUUGUAAAAAUAAUUUCUUCAAUUCUUCCCACAAAUCCUCAGUUGGAUUUAGGUCUGGACUUUGACUAGUCCAUUACUUGGUCCAUUCUACAAAUGAUUUUGUGCUCAUAUUUAGCUUGACCCAACCUCCCAUCACCUAUCACCUUCUUCUCUACAUCUAAUGAAGAAAAGCAUCCCAACAGCAUGAUGCUGCCACUAUGCAUAGUGUUUUGCAUGCCAAAAAGUUCUGUUUUGGUCUCAUCUCACCAGAAAACAUUUUUUCCAAAUGUUUACUAUGAUUUCCCAAUCUUCAAAACAUCUCCUAGAGCACUACCCAAUUCAUCAUCCAAAAUUGAAAAGCCAGUAUACCAUCAAUGGUGUCAAGCUAAACUUAUGGGUGAGCAAGUAUAGCAUUAGAGAAGCACCUAUGAAACAUCAUUGCUUUGUAGGAGCUGCAGAGAUCGACAAUUCAGGAUGGGAGAAUCUGCCAAUAGGACCAUUAUUAGUCAUGCAGGGGAAACAGAAAAUAUUUGGAAACACUUGUUCUGGUCAGAUGUGACUAAAAUUUAAUUUACUGGUUUACAACUAACAGUUAAUAUUACCCUGAACACAUCAUUCCCAUCAUAAAAAUAGUGGUGGUAGGAUUAUUAUGUGGGAAUGCUUUCCUUCAGCUGGGACAGAGGAAAUGGUUAGUUGAUGGGGAGAGGGGUGAUGCUGCUAAAUCAUGUAAAUAUCUUGGAAUAAGCCUUGAUAGAAGCUGCAAAACACUUUGCAGACAAGAGAGACUGGGGUGGAGGACAACAACCCUAAACAUAAAUCCAGAGCUAUAGAGGAAUGAAUAAUGAAGUUUUUAAGAUAACAAAUUAACAUUCAUGACCUGCAGAUCAGUAAAAGGAUUGAUUUUAUCCAGAGGCUUGAUGGUGGGCCAUCCUUUAUUUUCGUCAGGUUUGAAAACUGUAAUUGAAUUUUAGCAUUUCAUGUAGAAAAACUGGUGCGUUUGUGUUUGUAACUCCCUGAGGGGCAGUUUAUUUAAAUAUGCACGUGUGCACGCCUGCGUGCGUGCGUGCGUGUGAGUGUGUCUCACCUUGUUAAUGAAGCAUUCCCUCCCUCUCUCCCUCCUCCUCUGUCCUCAUACAUCGGAGGCUGUGCGCUGCAGCGGCCGCAGAAAGCGCCGCGGAUCCUGGUGUGUGCCGAUCUCCGGAGGGUCCCGGAUAAUCCAGCUGGACCCUCAGUGGACUGGAUCUCCCUGCUUACCCAUACUAAGCAGAAGUGGGGGUUUCACAUUCCGUACGGGGAUUUUUAAUUCACUCAGCGCAGGUGACCUGAAACUGAUUGCAAAGGAGGAGGACGGGAGAACAAAUGGAAGGAGAGCAGAGAGAAAGUGGAUAAGAAAGAGACCAGAAACAGGACCAGAAGGUUUCCUCCUGCAGCAGGGAAGUCUCUUUCAAUACAGGGCUUUGACUUAAAAAGCAGACAGUUGGCAUUACCAGAAUAAAAAAGUUACUACCAGAUUUGUUAUAAUGGAGAAGACAUACUCCCUAACUGCCCACUACGAUGAGUUCCAGGAAAUCAAAUAUGGUGGUCGCUACAGCAGUGACAUCCUCAGCAAUGGCAUGACCCUUCACCUGGGGGGCAGCCUGGACCGCCAUGUGGUCCGAGGAAGGGGCAACACCUGGUCAAACAGCCGAAACAAAGACCUGAGCGGCAACAGCAGCAGCGGGGGCCUGCCUCGCUGGAGCAGGAGGGAGAAUUGUCUCCUGUCUGCAUUGGUCUUUGCUGCAGGCAUGUGUCUCAUCCUGGGGAGCAUGCUGGCUCUCAAAUACAUUUCACUUGAUGACGCGGACUGCAGGCAGGACUGCCAACACAAACGCUCCCUUAUGCGGGCAACUCGCUUCGUUCAGGCCAAUAUUGACAUAACCAUACAACCUUGCCAGGACUUCUAUUCCUUUGCCUGUGGAGGCUGGCUGAGGCGCCAUGGUAUCCCCGAAGACAAGCUCAGCUAUGGCAUCAUCACAGCUAUUGGAGAGGAAAAUGAAGAGAAGCUACAGCAACUCCUUCUGGAGCCGGUUCAGAGACAUGGGCCAGACUCCGCAGAGCGGAAGGUCAAGGAGUUUUAUCGGUCCUGCAUCAACAUCAAGGACAUUGACAAACUGGGGUCAAAACCCAUGACAGAGGUGUUAGACAGCUGUGGAGGAUGGGACCUGGAGGGAGCACCUUCGGAGAAGGAGGACGCCCCCCAGAGGCCAGAUUUUAAUGAGCUGCUCUACAGGACGCAGGGGGUUUUUAGCACUGCUGUCUUCUUCUCCCUCACCGUCAAUGUGGACGAUAAAAACUCCUCCAGGAACGCUAUCAGGAUUGAUCAAGAGGGACUCACUCUGCCAGAGAGAAGCCUCUACCUCGGUCAGGAUGAGGACAGUGUGAAGAUCCUGGCAGCGUACAAAGCCCUGAUGGAGCGCCUGCUGAGCAUGCUGGGCGCUCACAAUGCCACACAGAAGUCCAAGGAGAUUAUAGAGCUGGAGACCCAACUGGCCAAUAUCACUGUGUCAGAGUACGAUGACCAAAGGAAAGACAUCAGCACAAUGUACAACCGAAUUACCCUUAGGCAGCUGCAGCGCAUCGCACCUAGCCUUCACUGGAAGCGAUUGUUGGACCGAAUUUUCCACGACAACUUCUCUGAAGACGAAGAGAUCGUGGUGCUCGCCACUGAUUACAUACAGAAAGUCUCUGACAUAAUCAAGAACACUUCAAAGAGGGUUCUGCAUAACUACAUGCUGUGGCGCAUUGUGGCCGCGCUAAGUGAGCACCUGUCCACCGCCUUCCGAAGCACCAUCCACGAGUUUUCUCGAGAGAUCGACGGUACCGAGCAGCAGCUGGAGCUGGGCCGGCUCUGCCUCACUCAAGCCAACAAGCACUUCGGCAUGGCUCUGGGGGCGCUGUUUGUCAAGAAGCACUUCUCUUUAGAGAGCAAAGUCAAGGUACAGAAGCUGGUGGAGGACAUAAAACAUGCCCUGGAUCUUCGGCUGCAGGAACUGGACUGGAUGGAUGAGGCCACCAAGGAGGCUGCCAGAGCAAAGCUGAAGCACAUGAUGGUGAUGACGGGAUACCCAGACUUCUUGCUCAAAGAUGAACUCAUUGAUCAGGAAUAUGGGUUUGAUGUGAGCAAGAAGACGUACUUCAAGAAUAUCCUCAACAGCAUUAAGUUCAACAUCAAACUGUCUGUCAGGAAAAUACAUGAAGAAGUGGACAAGACAGCGUGGCUUCUCCCCCCGCAGGCUCUUAAUGCCUACUACCUCCCUAACAAGAAUCAAAUGGUUUUUCCUGCUGGCAUCCUGCAGCCCACCCUCUACAAUCCUGAGUUUCCACAAUCUCUGAACUAUGGCGGAAUAGGAGCUAUCAUUGGCCAUGAGCUGACACACGGUUAUGAUGACUGGGGGGGCCAGUACGAUCGCUACGGCAACCUCAAACAGUGGUGGACUCAGGAGUCCUACAGAAAGUUCCAGAAAAAGGCUGAAUGCAUUGUCAAGCUCUACGAUAACUUCACUGUAUAUAACCAGAAGGUGAAUGGCCGCCUGACUUUAGGAGAGAACAUAGCUGACAUGGGAGGACUAAAAUUGUCGUACUAUGCAUAUCAAAAAUGGGUGAGGGAUAACGGUCCAGAGAGGCCCCUCCCUAAGCUAAAAUACACCCACGAACAGCUGCUCUUCAUAGCCUUUGCACAGAACUGGUGUAUGAAGAGAAGAUCUCAGUCCAUCUAUCUGCAGCUGCUCACUGACAAGCAUGCACCAGAGCACUGCAGGGUGCUUGGCAGCGUUUCCCAGUUUGAUGAGUUUGCCCGUGUUUUCAACUGUCCCAAGGGUUCUCCGAUGAACCCUGUGGAAAAGUGCUCUGUUUGGUGACCCAGUGACCCUCAAUUUUCAAGAUCCACACAAAACUCACCGUUUCUUCAGACACAUCACAUAUUCCCGUAGUUCACCAGGGAGGAAACAGUGUUCAGACCACUGCCUAUGGAUCCACAUCAUCAUCACCGUCAGUGACUGAAUACCACUGGUCAAACCAAGCAUGAGUCAUGUGACUGUAGCUUGUGUACAAAUAUCAUGUGAUUAUAAAUAUUUUUCUAUGUUUACAUUUAUUUUGAAAUCAUCUAUUUUUCUAUUUAGCAAAUAUCUCAUACAUUAUGUUUAGGAUUCAUAGAGUUUUGUUUCAGGUUAGGCAUUAUGUUUUCUUGUUUGUUUUUUGUAUGAAAAAGGCUUAUUUCAUAUGUAAUGAAAAAACAGUCAACUUCGAGUAAAUAUGGAUUUGUAGCAUCUUAGUGCCAGCCAAACAUUCAGGAAGUAUCCAUCUGCAGACGCCACUCUCAGGCUCACUACCAUUUCCAGUUCAUAAAUUGUUUGCUCUCAUGCCAGGAAAUUAAACCUCAUAGUAACCUUGCUGUGGCUAAAUUCCUAUUUUUAUUAUCCUCCAGAGAAAACACGUUUACAUACACUAUGAAAAGAUGCGUAUGCGUUUUGUUUGUUUUUUUCUCACUGUAUGAUGUUAAAGCUAACUGAACUUUUUCUGCUUUAAAUCAGUUAGGAUUAACAAACUUAUUUCAAUUCACUACAUGGAAGAUAUUAAAGAAUUUGAAGAAAUAUAGAUGAUGUCAUCCGAGUUAAAUGGAGGCAUACGUAUAAACAUACUGUUCAGGAAGGAGACAGGUUCUGUGUCCAAAAGAUGAGCGUAGUUUGGUGUAAAAUAUUUUAAAAAACCAGAAAAAAAGCAAACCUUGUAAAGAUGCUGACUGAAGCUUGUAGGAGAGUCAUUAUCUGCUGUGAAAUGAGUCCUGUACCAGAAUGGGGAGAAAGGCCCUUUAGAGAGGAAGAAUCCUCUCCAGAAGCAACUCAAAAAAAAAUAUUACAGUUUGCAAAUGCACAGAGGGACAAAGAUCUUAGUGUUUGGAGACAUGUCCUGUGACCAGUGAAACCAUCCCAACUGUGUACUACAGAGGUGGCACCAUCAUGUUGUGUGUAUUAUGAGACAAAGGCACUUCACACAAUAGAUGGCAUUUUGUAGAAAGAACAUCAUGAGUAAAAUCAAACAACAUCUCAAAACCUCAGUCUGAAAGUUAAAAUUUGGUAGCAAAUGAGUCUUUCAAAUUUACACUAUACUGACAAUUAGUUACAAAGUAAGUUAAGAACAUUAAAGUUAAAAUUUUGGAGUGGCUAGUAGAAAUCCCUGAUUUCAGUGGAUUUGCAGACAGUUUAAAAAAAAAGUGUGUGGGUAAAUAAUAAGAUAUAAUAUAAUAUAAUUGGCUAAAAUUCCCAAAGUCCAAAAACAUGACUGUUAGGUCAAUUGGUCUCUAUAAAAUUCUCCCGAGGUGUGAGUGUGUGUGUGCAUUAUUAUUUUGUCCUGUCUGUCUCUGUGUUGCCCUGCAACAGAGUCUGUCGCAGGGCAACCUGUCCAGGGUGUACCCCGCCUCUCGCCUGGAACAUUAGCUGGAGAUAGGCACCAGCACCCCUCCUCACCCAACUAGGGACAAGGGUGUACAGAAAAUGGAUGGAUGGCUAAAAUUCCACCAAACUAUUGAGUCUCAUGGAAAGAAACCCUAAAACAGUUUAAAGGCAAUUCCACCAGAUACUAAACAAAUUCAUGCUAACCUCUUAUUUUAAAGUUUUAAUAAAAAGUAUUAUAGUAUUUAGCAAACAGAAAUAAUAAUAAUUCUGGUAACCGUAACUGAUCUAAACAGAAAAGGGUUAGUCUAAUUUAAUAACAGUAAGAAAAAAAAGAUGUUCUUUUUUACAUUUGUAUGUGAAUGUGUUUCUAUUCAUGAACUAAAGAACUUUGAACGGAUUUAUCCUUUCCAACACAACAAAAGAAAAUGACAUAAUGCGGAUUGUAAGGCCCUGGAGUCGGGAACCUACAGUUAUUAGAAAACAUUGGUGUUUUCUCGCUCCGGGAUUGGAAUUUAAUAUGUGUUGCAGCGCUGCCCUCUUGUGGCCACGGAGAGCAAUGGUCAGUGUUCAGCUCGUCUCGACUGUUGUAAUUAAUGUUUGCCUGCAUUGGUCUUUCGUUACUGUGAGUGUUUGUAAGAUUUUUUUUUUUUUUUUUGAAAAAACAAACAAAAACCUGUUGACUCAUGCUGAGUACUUUUCUCAGGAUUUGUAGCAACACGCAGCACCAAAGAGAGAAAUCGUCUCUUCAGUCCAUGCUGCCAAAACAGAAGAAUUAUUGGCGGUCACAUGUUACAUGUAACUCAUCACAAAACCCAACUCCCUGUACAAUAAAGUCCAACUGUAAUUAUAAAGAAUCAUACAUUUGUACACAGUGUUACUUUUCUAUGAAGAAUUUGUUAAUUUCAAAACAGAAGAAUGAUUAGAUUCUUUGUACAGUGAAGAAGUAUAUCAGAUGUAAUGGUUGUUGAAGUGAGUGCAUGUUUCCAUCCAGAGCAGCGUUAAAUCCUGAUCGAUUAACAUGGAGGAUCACACAUGUGCUUCAGUGUACAGCUGCUAACAAACAUGUGGCUGCUCUCUUUUCCUCUCUGUUGGUCGCUGUUUAAUGUUCUAAUAAAAACAAAGGCUCAC